AUGACAAGAUCUACACCUCCACCCAUUGACAAAAUUAGGAACGUCAAUGAUGAAGGAUUGGUUGAUGCAACUAAUGGAACAACAGGGUACACAUCAAUGGUGGAUCCAAAUCAAGCUUCAAUCCUGAUAGCAGACUUUAGUUCAAAAUUAACUUUAGAGGCAGAAAAAGUAACCAUCGCAACUUCAGGGUCAUCGUCUGGAAUAUGGAACCUAUACACGGAUGGGGCAUCUAAUGAAAGUGGGUCGGAAUUAGGCUUAGUACUUAAAGUACCUAGCGGAGAAAUUGUCUGUCAUGACAUUAAAUGCCCAAAAAUUACUAAGAAUGAAGCCGAGUAUGAGGCUGUUAUUGCAGGUUUAAAACUAGCUUUGGAAUAUGGAGCAGAAAGCGUCAAGGUACAUUGUGAUUCGCAAUUGGUGGUUAAUCAAGUGAAUGGAACUUUCAGUAUAAAAGAACCACGAAUGCAGAAAUAUCAAACGCAGAUAUCAGACCUCUUUGCAAAAUUCAAAGACUGGGGACUGGAGCAGAUUCCACGGGAAAGAAACACUGAGGCCGAUGGCUUAGCGAAAUUGGCAUCAGCUGCUGAUCCCCCGGAGCCAGAAAGUAGAAGUUUGAUCCAUUUGUUGCAUCCCAUUAGUUGCAAAAUUGAAGUACGUGCAACGGGAUCAACACAUGAUUGGUGA